AGAAUAUCAAAUAAAAAUGUAGGGCAACAAAAUUGAUAGUAUCUAGCUCCGAUGUUUUGCCAGCCCUAGUUCCCUGCGUAUUGUGAUCGCGCGGAAAAUUUAAAAACAGCGGGCAGCGGGAAUUCCAGCCUUUCUUUUGUAUAAUAGAUGUAAUCGAUAGUCGCCAAAUCAUCGAUUUUUCACCACCUCUAAUCCACAAGGACGAAAAAUUGUGAUCAUAUGGUAGACAUUCUGCGUUGUGUAUUAAAACUGUACCAAGUUUGUAAGUAUAUAUCCACGUAUAACUUUUAAUACAAGUACAAAAAAAAUCUCACUAUUCAAAUCAUGGAAAUUCAAAUCUGUCGCGCUUGCCUGGGAACGUCACCUGCUAUGAUCAACAUAUUCGAAGACGCUCCAGGACUAGGGAUCUCCAUCGCCGAUAUGAUCACUCAAUGCACUCCCUACGAGAUUUCUAAGGGAGAUUGCUAUCCCAAAAACAUAUGCGAUUCUUGCCUGCACUGUGCUCGAGCCGCCUUUGAGAUAAGGCAAACAAUUGAGAAGAGCCACCAGAAGAUACUCCAGUUGAAGAACCGUAAAGUCUUAACAGCCAAUCUCAGGCAGGAUGUUUGCUCUCCUGAGAUUAAAAAACCGCACAAGUGUACCUACUGCCAAAAGGCGUUUAAGAAAAAAUGGCAUCUUCAGGAACAUACGCGUAAGCACACGGGAGAGCGAUCGUAUAAGUGUCCCCACUGCUCGAUGUCCUUUUCCUAUAGAAAUUCUUUAAAGUCACACAUCAAGCGGAGAGAAACGGUAUGAAUGCUCCCACUGCUCGAAGAAGUUUACAGAAUCUUGUCAUCUUAAGAUACAUAUCCGAACUCACACGGGCGAGAAACCGUUUAAGUGCUCUCAAUGCUCAAUGUCAUUUGCUAUUAAGACCACUCUUCAGUCACAUAUCCGAACUCAUACGGGAGAGCGACCGCAUUCGUGCAAUCACUGCUCAAAGUCGUUUUCAACGAAAGAGCAACUUAAGCAACACAUCAGAUCUCACACGGGGGAGAGACCAUUUAAGUGCUCCCUCUGCUCGAAGUCCUUUUCCUCAACAAGUGGUGUUCAACGGCACAAUCUAACUCAUACGGGAGAGCGACCGCAUAAGUGUUCCCACUGUUCGAUGGCAUUUUCCCAGAGUUCUAGUCUUUAUAGACACCUGUUAACACACAGGAGGGAUAAACUAGAAAAUUAAUACGUUCGUCUGGGAUCACUUGCUGUAACCGCACAGAAAACAUAACGGAAAAGCCACUGCUUCCUAGGGUCUAAAACCAUUAAAAAUAAAUAUGCAUAUCUCAAAUAAGCGACAAAAAAAAUCAGAAAAAGCCACUGCGUCUCAACCUACGAUCUAAAACCAUAUCUAAUUUUAACUAAUACUCAUUUUAUCUAAAAAUAUAUUUAAGUCUUUUACAAAUAAAUAUAAAUCAAACAA